AUGGCACCACUCAAUUUGCGACCUCCAGGCUUCUUCGGCGCCAAUACGGUCGAGAUCUCGCCGCCAGCACGCACAGGCGAAACAGGGAUCCGACGCCUAGCAGUCUGCGCCGACAGACUCAUCACGACGCCAGACUCUUCAAUUGUAACCGUCCCCGACAUCAUUUCCUACGCUGCACGCACACACGAACACUCCCCGGCGCUAGGCUGGCGGGACGUCAUCAAGGUGCACGAGGAGGUCAAGGAAGUCAAGAAGAAAGGGGGAAGAGACGGGGAGACAGAGAGGAAGACAUGGAAAUACUUUGAGCUCAGCGAGUACAAAUAUCUUGAUUAUGUUCAGUUGAAGGAGGCCAUCAGUGAGGUUGCGCGGGCGCUUGUGGAUAUUGGAAUUGGGACUGAAGAUGUCGUGGAUAUAUUUGCACAGACAAGCGUAAACUGGCAACUCAUCUCACAUGCGUGUGCACUCAUAUCAACGACGGCGGCGACUGCAUAUGACACACUCGGCGAGUCGGGGCUCACGCAUUCGCUGAACGAACCAAAAUGUAUUGCAGUAUUCACAAACCCAGAACUUCUCCCCAUGGUGGCACGCGUGCUUCCACAUACGCCCACUGUUCGCUAUGUUUUCUACGACGGGCAGCCAUCGACGAAGCAGCUUGACGAGAUCAAGGGCAAUUCAGGUAUACGCGCGAUACACAUCGACGAGCUGCGCACGCGUGGCCGUGAGCUUUCGAUCUCGAUUUUGGACUCUCGGAAACCCACCCCAUCCACCACAGCUUGUAUCAUGUACACUUCUGGAUCUACAGGCACGCCCAAAGGUGUCAUUCUCACCCACGCCAACCUCAUUGCAGCCGUCGGUGCCGUGCACUUUGUGUUCUCUCCCCACCUACCCGCGGGUGGGCGCUACAUCGCAUAUCUCCCCCUCGCACAUGUGCUGGAGUAUGUUGUCGAACUGUGCGCCGUGUUUUGUGGCAUUGCAAGUGGAUAUGCACGCCCAAAGACGCUCACAGAUGCAAGUGUGCGGGGGUGCAGAGGGGACCUCGCUGCGCUGCGCCCGAAUGUGCUGUUUGGCGUCCCUGCAGUGUACGAGACAAUCCGAAAGGCGGUGCUGGCCCGUGUGGACGGCGCAGGGCGGAUUUCGCGUGCGUUUUUUUACGGCGCGUUAACUGUGAAGCGAUGGGCGGGUGCGUAUGUGCCGGGGGUGAGCUGGGUUGUGGAUCGAAUUGUGUUUAAGAAAAUACAGGAGGCAGUUGGAGGUGAUAUCACAUUUGCAGUCAAUGGUGGCGCUGGGAUAAGCAAGGCAACACAGGAGUUUUUCAAUGACGCGGUAAUGCCACUUACACAGGGAUACGGUCUUACAGAAACAUCAGGGAUGGGUGCGUUCCUCCCGCCCGAGUUGCUCUCCUAUUCCACACUCGGUGCCGUAGGUAUCCCAGGGCCGUGUUUGGAGGUGAAGCUGGUAGAUGUGCCCGAGUUGGGUUAUUUCACGGGAACAGGCGGGGACGAUAACGUUAGUGGGGGGAGUGGGAAACUGGGCCACCUGCAACAAGGCGAGAUAUGGCUGCGCGGCAUGUCUGUUACGCCAGGAUACUUUAAUCGGGAGGACUUGAACUCGGACCCCAGUGUUUUUACUGAGGAGGAUGGUGUGAGGUGGUUCCGCACGGGCGACAUCGGCCAGUGGAACGCAGAUGGCACACUGAGCGUUGUAGACCGCGUAAAGAAUUUAGUGAAAAUGCGCAGUGGAGAGUACAUUGCCCUAGAACGCCUAGAAUCGACGUAUAAAUCCUCCACACUGGUGUCAAAUCUAUGUAUCAUCGCAGGUCCAGAGAUGGCGCAGCCUGUAGCUGUGGUCGUUCCACAUGAGGGGAAUUUGCGCGCAGAGCUGUCGUCAUCUGAACCCUUACCAGACCUAUGCCAAUCAACCAGCGCCCAGACAACCGUCCUGAAGUCCCUCGCAUCCCUCGCGAAGAAAAACGGAUUUGCACGUAUGGAAAUACCGUGUGCGGUACUGUUGAGCAGUGAAGAGUGGACAAGUGAGAAUGGCAUGUGCACGGCUGCGGGUAAGGUAAAUCGAGCGAGGGUGCGGGAGGUAUGGGGAAAAGAGGUGGACCGAGUUGUGUUGGAGGGCGGUGAUUGA